AUGGCGCUUUGCCCCACAUUCUGUGCUGGCCAGUCCUCCUUGCCCUACAAGCUGCGGGCCACCCCAGGCACUGGGGUCCCACAGAGAGUCACCGUUCGGACCUCUCUGCACGGCUGCCCUGCAUUUAGCGGAUCCCCACACCAAGUCUUCACACGGACCCAAACGUGUGACAUGAGACAUGUGAAGGCCGCCACCCUGGGACAAGAUCCACAGCGUGGACCCCAUCAAGCUCACGGGUUCCGCUUCAGUGUUCAGAGACCUGGCCCAGCCCCACGCAGUCUGGAAAACACUUAUAAAGAGCUGUCUGCACAAACAAACAAAAACGAUGGUUUUGUUCAUCCUGGUCACGGAGGUUUACUAGACGGGCCAGCGAGGUGCUCUCCAGCUCACCGCUGCCCUCACCGCCCAGCAUAUCAGGCCAGUUCUCAAACAGGCUGGGAGCACCUCACCGGCGUGGCUGCGUCCUGGCUCAAUCCAACCGCGAGAGGCCUUGUCCGGCUCUGGGGCUCCUACGUUCAGGAGAAAGGCAGUGCACAGACCGCGCAUCCCUCCCCGCUGUCGGUGCACACAGGGCUCCUUGGGUGCAGACAGUUCUCUAAAAUCAACGCGCUGCUGCCCAAGGCCAGCGAAGGGCCCGUCAACUGGAAGGAUCUGUGGCCGUGA